AUGAACAGAUCGAUGUCUGGUGUUUAUCUAUCUAUCUAUCUAUCUAUCUAUCUAUGUCAGUCUGUUCAUAUCUAUUUAUCUAUCUAUCUAUUAAUCUAUCUAUCUCGACUGUUCAAACGCUAUCUAUCUAUCUAUCUAUCUAUCUAUCUAUCUAUCUAUCUAUCUAUCUAUCUCAAUUUCUACUGUUCAUUAUCUAUUUAUCUGAGUCUGUCCAGAUCUAUCUAUCUAUCUAUCUAUCUAUCUAUCUAUCUAUCUAUCUAUCUAUCUAUCUAUCUAUCGCAAUUUCUACUGUUGAUUAUCUGUUUAUCUGAGUCUGUCCAGAUCUAUCUAUCUAUCUAUCUAUCUAUCUAUCUAUCUAUCUAUCUCACUCUUCUGCCAAUAUAUAUCCAUCUACCAAUCUAUUUCGUCUCAUUAAACACUAAACACAACAAGAGAAAAGAUAAAGUAAUUGUUGCUCGUCCGAGGGACCUGAAUAAGAGACGCCUCUCAAACUAUCUGCGCUUACAUUAUAUUCAAAUGAAAUAUGAUUGUCCCUUGCGCGCCGGACCGCCAGUACCUUUCUCUUGCCACUGUAGACCCCCUACCUCUAACGGCAUACUUGCUUUCGCUAAAGGUCAAAUCAAGUUUCCUAUCAUUAGGCAGAAGGCAGCAGUGCCAGUUUUGCCGGUACGGCCCCCACUCUCUCAGUCACCGCCCCCAAACCCGACCGUCAUUUGGCUAGGUCGGGCCCAGAUAUCCCCGUGUAAGCAGCGGUUGGUCAAUCUAAGGCGCGGUCUCUGUACAAGCGACCCGUUACACCCAACUGGAUCCAACGCUCUCCUCUUUCUCUCUUUCCAUAAUAUCCUGUGUUUAUUCGUCCCUUUUCCAUUCUUAUUUCCUCUAUCUCUUUUGGGAUAUUUUCCUUAUAUGAGAGACAAAUUCUUCUUUCUCUUCCUUGACUGA